GGGGCCGACGAAUGCCCGCCCACAACCCUUCGCCCCACCCCUCUCAGCGCCGGGCCAGCGGAGGCGGGUCCAACCUCUGCCCUAUUGCGUGGUGGGUGACUCACAGCUUCCGCCCCUUUUCGCUCCGCUUUCUCGCGGCCGUUCGACAGCACCACGUGCCCUCCUGGCCGUUCCCCUAGCUGCCCUUUCCAACUGCCUGUUGAAGCCGCUGUAAAAUGUCGUGAGAGGCAACGCCGCUUUACGGCUGCCUCUCCCAGACCGGAGCCCCGGAGCGCCCAGAGCCGUCAGCGUGUCUCCAAGCGACGCGGCCCCGCGGACAGUGAGGAACCCGGCGCCCCGCUGCCCUCCCCGCCGCGUCCGUUCCGGCUCCGGCGAUGUGAACUCGAGGAGGCCGUGGUGCCCCCUGGCCCGGGGUUGAGACGGGCGGCAGGUGCCCGUGAGGCGGGCGGGUGCCGGGGGCCAGCAGGAUGGAGGAAAUCAUGGAAGAGGAGGCGAUGUUCGAGGCGAUGAUGGACGACCAGAACCACAACAACUGGGAGGCCGCCGUGGACGGCUUCCGGCAGCCCCCGCCGCCCCCGCCGCCCCCCUCGUCGAUCCCAGUCCCUGCCCGAGAGCCUCCGGGGGGGCAGCUGCUGGCGGUGCCCGCGGUCUCUGUGGACAGGAAGGGCCCCAAGGAGGGGCUCCCGAUGGGGCCGCCGCCACCGCCGGAGGCCAAUGGGGUGAUCAUGAUGUUGAAGAGCUGCGACGCGGCCGCCGCCGUGGCCAAGGCGGUUCCCGCCCCCACCCCUAGCUCCACCAUCAACAUCAACACCUCCACCUCCAAGUUCUUAAUGAAUGUUAUAACUAUUGAAGAUUAUAAGAGCACAUACUGGCCAAAAUUGGAUGGUGCCAUAGAUCAACUUUUAACCCAGAGUCCUGGUGACUAUAUCCCCAUAUCUUAUGAACAGAUAUACAGUUGUGUGUAUAAAUGUGUAUGCCAGCAGCACUCGGAACAGAUGUAUAGUGAUCUGAUUAAAAAGAUAACUAAUCACUUAGAGAGAGUCUCGAAGGAGCUGCAGGCCAGCCCUCCAGAUCUCUAUAUUGAAAGGUUUAAUAUAGCUCUUGGACAAUAUAUGGGAGCAUUGCAGAGCAUUGUGCCUCUUUUCAUAUAUAUGAAUAAGUUUUACAUCGAAACCAAGCUUAACAGAGACUUAAAAGAUGACCUUAUAAAGCUGUUUACGGAACAUGUUGCAGAAAAGCACAUUUACAGCCUAAUGCCUUUACUUUUAGAAGCCCAGUCAACACCAUUUCAGGUCACACCUUCAACUAUGGCAAAUAUUGUGAAAGGCCUAUAUACUCUCAGACCAG